GUGAAAACCACAACUUUCCUUGCUUCAUUAAUCAGCCUAAAACUCUGAAAGACAUCAUGCUUGUCAAAUUUAUCUGCGCUGUAGUCACCAGAGCGUUGUUUAUUUUAGUGUCUCUCAUUGGUGUGUGGAGGGUGACAUGGGUUAAAAAUAAUAAUUUAUACUGGUUUCUGACUAUCCUCUAUCUACCUCUCGUGGUUGAAAUGAUUUUAACUCUGAGAAGAAGAAAAGGGAAGGAUUACAAAUGGUUUUCUCCAGCAAUAUUGUUUUUCCUCAUCAGCAUUAUACCAACCAUAUGGAUCCUUGAGUUGCACCAUCAGAAAAACAAAUCAAGUGAUACUAAGUGUACUAAUCUGGAUUCAUCUGAGAGCAUCCAAGCAUUUCUUGAUGAACGGAGAAAUUUGACCAAUGGAAGCUUGAGUGAACAGGACCCUCUGAAAUUUUUGUCAUCGGUGUGUGCCAAUGACUGGAUCCUGGCCCUUCAGCAAAUCGUCCUGAUCCUGCUGAUAGUGGGGAAGUGGCUGCUACCGAUCGCUGGAGGAGUCACCAGAGAUGAAAUAUCCCAGUUGUUACUCAUCUUUGUAGGCACAGCUGCUGAUAUCCUCGAGUUCAUCAGUGAAACGCUCGCUGAUGUGGAGGAGGACAGUACACCGUUUGUGUGCAUUAUUCUUGCGGUCUGGACAUUGAGCAUGCUACAGUUUCCUUUGCAUUUCUCAGUGGUGAACACCAAACCUGAGGAUUUCUGUGAAAGCCAGGAUGACUCUCUCAUUGCCAAGUUCAGGACAGAUAUGUGGGACAUUGCGGGAACCAUUUUUCUUCAAGAUGGCCCCUUCUUUGUUGUCCGACUUGCAGUUAUGAUUUCUUUCUCUGACUUUCAUCAAAUGCUGGUCUUCUUUACCAUUAAGAACUUCCUAGUAGUGUUGAUUAGCAUCUUGUGCCAGUCACAGUGA